GUGACACAAAACAAACUCAAAACAAGUUUGCAACUGGUUUUGUAUGAGUAAGAGUCUUUAUUUGCCCGACACAAAUCGUUGAAGUUCACUUGCUUGUGAGGUUAUGGGAAAAUUCGCAUUUUUCUGGGAGUAAAUUCAAGACAAAGCGAACGAUGUCUGUUUAUACGCUAAAGAAGACAUCCUGCCAGCUCGUUUCCAACUUCGAUCGUUUUGAUUUAUCAAAGAAUUGGUAUGAUACCAUGCCGACAAACAUAUCUGUGACCAUGGAUACCCRUGGUAGUCAUGGCAGCAAUGAUUCUCAAGUCAGMUGGUAUAUAGUAGUGUCUGGUGUCUUAUGUGCUGUUGUCAUGGUUGCUCUAGUUACUAUUCUGGUGUAUCGCUUCUUCCGCAAGYGCUCAGGACCAUYAUGGAUUWCAAMGGUGAGUUUUACAUUGCAUAUCAAACCUUAUUGUCAGAACACGUUAUUUUACCAUCAAGAUCAGUACUCRACUAUGAAAAACAGCGAGGCAAAAGAUGAUCAGUUUAUAAUCGGAUUUUCCAACCCUAUGGUAGAUGCUAAAGACGACACUGAUUCUAGUGUAAAAGCAUUGGCGUACAGACCAUUGGACGAAGACAAAGACCCUGUUGAUAAAGAUCAAUAUCUGUUACAAUACAAGUUCUUGUUUCCAAGAGARAAAAUCACUUACGGAACAGAAAUUGGUAAUGGUUGGUUUGGCAAGGUCUUUAAAGGUGAAGCGACGAGAAUUGUUCCGGGUUUAAGGAAAACAAAAAUUAUAAUUAAGAAACUUCGCGAGGAUUCUUCGUCUCAACAACGGAAGAGAUUCAUAGACGAGAUAUCAAUGUUCAAGUCGUUGAAUCAUGAAAAUGUUUUAGAGGUUCUUGGUGUGGCCACCGAACAGCAACCGWACCUCGUUGUAUUCGAGUACAAUCCAUUAGGCAACCUCAAGGAAUAUUUGUUAUCUCAYCAAAGCGAAGCAUUAUCGACGAAAAAGGGACUAAACCCGUUAGCUAUAUCAAUCGAUAUUGGAUCGGGCCUGGAAUUUCUGCACUCAAAAGGCUUUUAUCAUAGUGACCUCGCAACUAGGAACUGCAUCGUCAACUCAGACUUAUCUGUAAAAAUAGGCGACUAUGGAAUAUCACGUGAUCUUUAUAAGCGUGACUACUACGAGGAUCCUARAUCAAGUAGCAAUGAGUCGCUUCCUAUUCGAUGGMUUGACCCGGAGAGUGUUUGCAUGGACAAGGACAGCGGUCUUUCUGUGAAGUCGAUGGAAGAGAAAGAGAACGUGUGGUCCUUUGGUGUGACCCUUUGGGAGAUAGUCGAAUAUGGCCGACAGCCCUAUGCCGAACUCACUGACGAAGAGGUUUUGCAGACCGUUAUUGUAGAUCGUUUAUAUCAGCUUCCUGAGCCUCGAGACACUGGAAUCCUUGCUAGUCAACUUUACGACAUGAUGAAGUGGUGCUGGAUAGAGUCUUCAAGACGUCCAAGCAUAAAAGAAAUGGUUGAAUUCUUAAAAGGACUUUCGGAAAACCUCUCGGACUURMUCUCUGAAGGUGAAGAACAGCAACCCUCAACAUCUACACAYGAAUAUCGACAACCAGUCGCAGUAGUUCGGCCUCUUCAACACAGUGAAASUAUAACUAAAGAACCUGGACAAACAGAAGAUGAUAGGCACAAGACAUUAGGCUURCCAUCUGAAAGUGAAAUUUCUUUACCUGAACUGUCUCAACACARUGUUAGCGAAACUAAUGACAUCSAAAUUACGGCUWUUUGUGACGAGCUAGAASACGUCCCAGUUACUGUCAUCAAUUCAGARUCYUCUCAAGAAAACGAAUUGAGAAGGAAAGACAUUUUAAACGAAGACCCGAACGUAGGGUUGACAACUCCUGUUACACACAUUGGCGGUCCAUCYGAUGGGRUCACUGAAUACCAACGAACAUUAGCACAGGGUAUCAAAGAUGAAAUAACUCCUUCUUGUUCAGAAAGUCGAAUUAUAGAGGUUAAAUAUUCGGGUGGAGAGCCUAGUGUUAUUAUUGAAGAUUGUCCUAGUGGUUAUGUGGUUCUUCCUGGUGAAACGUUAAGAAGAAAAAGUUCAUUAAGACAGGCAAAUGCAAAGUCGAAGGGCAAUACAGUUCACUUUCCUGCCAAUAUCCUAGACUUAAGAGUCGUUCAUCGUUAUUACCGAGAAGAGGAAGAAAACGAAGACGACGACGAAGAUGGUGGAGAACCCGAGCCCGAGMAAACUAGUUCUCCAUCAWCAAGCAAUUUCACCUUUGAGUUUAAGGGAGARAGAAUAUCUUUGCAGGAUGAAGGAUCGCAGGUAGAUGAUGAUACCGAGAUGGGAAGUGCUUUGAUMCUAGAUCGACCAACAUCGCCUGUUGAAAAACGAGUACGGAAAGCCACGCGAAGGAAGCCACUUAAUAGAAAUGCUGAUGAAUGGUUGUUUAGCAUAGACCAAGARCAYUGAAAAUCAUCUACCUUUGCGUGCUUAAUACGCGGCGAUUUUUCCGUAAUUUCRCAACAAGCUAGCGCAAAAAUUUCCUUUCCGCACACAUACAUAUGCUUUUAGAAUAUUUCAGUGUAGUGUUUAUUAAGGUAGGAGCAUUUCAAAGAUAUUUUGAGUUAUGGCUUAAAAAUCGUGAAAAUUAUAGUUAAAAGAAGUGUUUAAAACAGGCUUUUACAAUAUAUGCAAAAAGAUGUUAUGGAAWUGACUCCCUAAUAACAGAGGCUUCGUCAAAGAAACCUUAAAAUUGCAWAACAUAUAUGAAUGCAUAUAGAGAUAUAAAUUUUUUAUAUAGAUUUUAUAUUGGAUUUAUUGAAAUAUAAGAGUAUACCAAGAUUUUAUUAUGAAAAUAUAUAUGAAAUAGAAAAAAAGAAAAUAGAAAAAAUAUUAUAGACAUACAAUUUACAAAUGUUAGUGUGAUGAUCUGAUGGUUGAGCACAGGCAGCUUAACCAUUAUAAUUCAAUAUAGUGUGAUUUUAUUCUUUUUACACUGUGAAAAUGUUUGAUCCAUAUUUAAGAAUUUAUGAGUUUGAAUUUUACARUUUUAAUAAGAAAUUCUUAUAAGUCAUUAAAAAAACAUUCAUCCAAAAAAAAGUUAUAUAUACUACAUGCAAACAUACUUUCUACUUAUAUGAACACAUGCAAAAAAAGAUUGCUAAUAAAAAAUCAUUUUAAAGCGUUUUUA